AUGUCGCGAAAUUCCCCUGCGCAACAGGCUGAAGCGGAUAAUGCAGAAGAGCCUCUUACCCAGAAACAGAAGGAUCCUACUUCCCUACCCACAACCUCUUCUCCUCUCUUCAAAAAGAGCGAUACUGAUGACAACCCCCGUAGUCCAAAGAGACGGCGCAUCUCCCCAGCUGGGGAUGAACAUACAAUUGAGGAUGUGAACAAACCCACCGCCCCCCAAGUAUCUUCCCCGCCACAAGAAGAUGGACAGAAGGACAGCCAACCGCCACAAAGCGUCUCACUGAUAUCUGCUCCUGCAGAGGACAAGAAAGACAAUGCCGCAACCAAAAUUCCCGAGUCGCAAUCCCCCAGCAGGACGCUUCUGGAAAGCCUGCCUGCCUUGGACAAUUUGGCUUCUCAGAUCUUGACCUUUCUUGCCAGGCUAACACCAACCGAGGCCCUGGGGAUAUCGAAUACUCCGAACUCCCCGAGCACUCGAGAGUAUGUCGGUCUGCGAUCUAUGUUUGACCCAAAAAGGAGACCCUUCAGUACUGGCUCGCCGUUCUUGUCGUGGACUGAUCUGGGCUUGCACGAAAACAGCCACAUUGAUAUCAUACGGAGAGCAAACCAAGCCAUUUUCAUGUCGAGUGUUUUCACAGGCGAAAUUGGCCUUCGUGACAUGGACCGUAGCUUUCUCUCGGUGUUCGUGCCUGAAAAUGGCAAACUGUUGAAGGCACAGGCUUCUAUAUAUCUCGAGCUGAAGACGCAAGGUUUUAUCACCGCUUGGAGAACAGGAGCCGCUCAGCCAGCCGUGGUGAUGGCUGACCUCUUUGGACCAGACUUGAGCAAACAUAUUUUGGCAAGGAGGCCAGGAACAACAAGCCUGGCUCCCAGUGAGCAGGACUUUCUCAAUCGGCUUUCCUCGCGGCGCGAAAUUCUCCAAGCCCAUGUCAAGGACAAUACUCUUGAUCAACUACCGUUGAGGUAUAGAUGGGAGGAUUUUAGCCGCGAAGUUUCGUCCUACCUGUCCAAAUACAUUGAGAAUGCAUCAAACAGUAGUAGUACUCCGAUGGAAGCGAACAGAAACGAUCCCACCAAAUGUCUCCAGCGCGGGCAAAUGGAAGGACAGUUUUCGAUUCAUGCUUCGCCAAUAACGGUGUCGUCGAUGGAGUCUAUCCCGGUGUCAACAUCACAGAGCAAAGCCUUGACUGACUCAGUCCCCCUAGACGAUUUUGUUGUUCAAGCCGCGCGAGCUGCAGAGAUUGCUAUGCAAGACACGGUUUGCCUAGGGUAUUCGGAACCGUUCCCUUCCUUAUCUUCACCGACUCCUUCCACAGUCCAGCGCGACACACCUACUCCACAACCGACCCUUCCGGACUACCAGCAUUAUGAACCCACGCUCGAGAAUACGACGUCCAAGUCACCUGUCUCUGGACAAUCUAGCGUCAGUGACGAAAUCCCCCACGCAUCUCAAACAGCUCCAACAUCUGUUCUAUACGAACGGGCAAGGUUGGCUGCCAGUACGAAGGCUGCUCUUACGGCGCGUAAGGGGGUCGUGCCGAGUCAGAGACGCCCUUGGACGACCGAAGAGGAGAAUGCACUGAUGACAGGUCUUGAUCGUGUCAAGGGACCUCACUGGAGUCAAAUACUGGCUAUGUAUGGACCAGGAGGCACUGUCAGUGAGGCCCUCAAAGACCGCAACCAGGUACAGCUUAAGGACAAAGCACGAAAUCUGAAGCUGUUCUUCCUGAAGAGUGGCAUAGAGGUACCUUACUACCUUAAAUAUGUGACAGGAGAUUUGAAAACGCGUGCUCCCGGGCAAGCCUCAAAGCAAGAAGCCAGAGAGCGAGAAAUGCUGCAAUUGGAACGAGAUGGCAGUGCUUUCGAUAGCCCACAAGGUAGCACAUCUCUGGGCAGCGCGGAUCGUCAGGCUGAUUCCAAUGCUUCACAGUCCAACCAUGACUCACCCAUUGGCGACGAUUCUGGCCAUGCAAGCCCUUCAACUCAGUCAAAGACGUCAUUCAAUCCAAGUAUGGCCGACGUCGAAACUAUGAUAGCCAGGGCUACCGCGCAGGCUUCUCGGUCACUAGGUCCAGAUUGGCCAUGA